GGCUCCGAGCCUCAGGAGCCGGAUCGGGGGAGGGGCCGGGCCCCGGAGCCAGCACCCGGCGGCCCUCAGCCCCGCCCGCAGCCCUAAGGGCAAGGCUGUGGUUCUGCCAAUGACCCUGUGAGUGCUGGGAGUCACUGCUGCCCCUAGGGGCUCCUGUCCUGGAUUGGCCCACCCUCCUGACCCCCAGCAUGGCGUCCGACACCCCUGAGUCCCUGAUGGCCCUCUGCACUGACUUCUGCCUGCGCAACCUGGAUGGCACGUUGGGCUACCUGCUGGACAAGGAGACUCUGCGGCUCCACCCAGACAUCUUCCUGCCCAGCGAGAUCUGUGACCGGCUCGUCAAUGAGUACGUGGAGCUGGUCAAUGCCGCCUGCAACUUUGAGCCGCACGAGAGCUUCUUCAGCCUUUUCUCGGACCCCCGCAGCACCCGCCUCACCCGGAUCCACCUUCGCGAGGACCUGGUGCAGGACCAGGACCUGGAGGCCAUCCGCAAGCAGGACCUGGUGGAGCUGUACCUGACCAACUGCGAGAAGCUGUCCGCCAAGAGUCUGCAGACGCUAAGGAGCUUUAGCCACACCCUGGUGUCCUUGAGCCUCUUCGGCUGUGCCAACAUUUUCUAUGAGGAGGAGAACCCAGGGGGCUGUGAAGACGAGUGCCUCGUCAACCCCACCUGCCAGGUGCUGGUCAAGGACUUUACGUUUGAGGGCUUUAGCCGCCUCCGCUUCCUCAACUUGGGUCGCAUGAUCGACGGGGUCCCUGUGGAGUCGCUGCUGCGGCCACUCAGCUCCCUGGCUGCCCUGGACCUCUCGGGCAUCCAGACAAGCGACGCGGCCUUCCUAACCCAGUGGAAAGAUAGCCUGGUGUCCCUUGUGCUCUACAACAUGGACCUGUCAGACGACCACAUCCGGGUCAUCGUCCAGCUGCACAAGCUGCGACACCUGGACAUCUCCCGAGACCGCCUCUCCAGCUACUACAAGUUCAAGCUGACUCGCAAGGUGCUGAGCCUCUUUGUGCAAAAGCUGGGGAACCUGAUGUCCCUGGACAUCUCUGGCCACAUGAUCCUGGAAAACUGCAGCAUCUCCAAGAUGGACGAGGAGGCGGGGCAGACUAGCAUUGAGCCUUCCAAGAGCAGCAUCAUGCCUUUCCGGGCCCUGAAGAGGCCACUGCAGUUCCUCGGGCUCUUUGAGACCUCCCUGUGCCGCCUCACACACAUUCCUGCCUACAAAGUAAGUGGUGACAAAAAUGAGGAGCAGGUGCUGAAUGCCAUAGAGGCCUACACGGAGCACAGGCCUGAGAUCACCUCGAGGGCCAUCAACCUGCUUUUUGACAUCGCACGCAUCGAGCGCUGCAACCAGCUGCUUCGGGCCUUGAAGCUGGUCAUCACAGCCCUCAAGUGCCACAAGUAUGACAAGAACAUCCAGGUCACGGGCAGCGCUGCGCUCUUCUACCUGACCAAUUCUGAGUACCGCUCCGAGCAGAGCGUCAAGCUGCGCCGGCAGGUCAUCCAGGUGGUGCUGAAUGGCAUGGAAUCCUACCAGGAGGUGACGGUCCAGCGGAACUGCUGUCUGACCCUCUGUAACUUCAGCAUCCCUGAGGAGCUGGAGUUCCAGUACCGCCGAGUUAAUGAGCUCCUGCUCAGCAUCCUCAACCCCACGAGGCAGGACGAGUCAAUCCAGCGCAUCGCCGUGCACCUGUGCAACGCCCUGGUCUGCCAAGUGGACAACGACCACAAGGAGGCCGUGGGCAAGAUGGGCUUCGUUGUGACCAUGCUGAAGCUGAUUCAGAAGAAGCUGCUGGACAAGAUAUGCGACCAGGUGAUGGAGUUCUCCUGGAGCGCCCUGUGGAACAUCACGGACGAGACUCCCGACAACUGCGAGAUGUUCCUCAACUUCAAUGGCAUGAAGCUCUUUCUGGACUGCCUGAAGGAAUUCCCAGAGAAGCAGGAACUGCAUCGGAACAUGCUAGGACUCUUGGGGAAUGUGGCUGAGGUGAAGGAGCUGCGGCCACAGCUAAUGACUUCCCAGUUCAUCAGUGUCUUCAGCAACCUGCUGGAGAGCAAGGCUGAUGGGAUCGAAGUUUCGUACAAUGCCUGCGGCGUCCUCUCCCAUAUCAUGUUCGAUGGGCCUGAGGCUUGGGGCAUCUGUGAGCCCCAGCGGGAGGAGGUAGAGGAGCGCAUGUGGGCCGCCAUCCAGAGCUGGGACAUCAACUCUCGGAGAAACAUCAAUUACAGGUCAUUUGAGCCAAUUCUUCGCCUCCUUCCCCAGGGCAUCUCCCCUGUCAGCCAGCACUGGGCCACCUGGGCCCUGUACAACCUCGUGUCUGUCUACCCCGACAAAUACUGCCCCCUGCUGAUCAAAGAAGGGGGGCUGCCCCUGCUGAGGGACAUGAUCAAGAUGGCCACCGCCCGGCAGGAGACAAAGGAAAUGGCCCGCAAGGUGAUUGGGCACUGCAGUAACUUUAAAGAGGAGAACAUGGACACAUCCAGAUAGAGGCCUCCGCCCCCACGGCCGCCACUGCUCUGGACCACAAGGCCGGGAGGAAGCUCUCAAGCAGCCCAGCGGGCGGACCGCCUCCGGGUAGCCUCCUGCUGGAUGAAGGGACACGGGGACUUUUGCACAACCGACGCUUUUCCUUAACAUUAGUGAGA